AUGCCUCCUCCGGGCUCGCCUCCACAACCGGGAAACCCGCAGCCGCCGUCGCAUCAAAUGGGGCACUACGGUCUGCCCGCCCCAAGAGCUCCGCCGUUGGGCGUCGGCCACCCGACAUCCUUCCCGGGCGGCCGCGAGCUUCCGUCCCUAAACUCAAUACAGAGAACCGGGAGCACGGGAAGCUCCAUGUCGAUAUCUUCCAUGUUGGGAGGUCCACCCCCGGCUAGAGAUUCUCAGCCGCCUCAGUCGCAUUACCAUCCCCCUGCUACCUCUGCGAGCUCCGGCCCGACGUUCGCGCCGACGAUGCAGGCUUCCCCGCGGAUGCACUCUGCAUCCUCCGAGUACCAACCGUUCCGACGACCGCAAACCCCAGAGCACGCGCGUCCGUACGAUCCGAGAGGUAGCGCCGCCGCCUCGCCCCAGGGCGCUUAUUCUACUACCCCCGAGAUGCAGCGAUACGGCACACCACAGCAGGGAUACCACCAGCGAGGUCCUUCGGCGCAGGACGGUAGAGACUCGAAUCGGAUGUCUCAAGGCCCGCCUCCCCCUCGACCCACAAGCCAACCCAAGUCUUUCCAACAAAACAUACCUCCGAGACCAGUGGACAUGGGCCGGAACAACGGACCGGAGGAGAUGUAUCAGCGUCGCGAGGAGAUUCCCCGAGGUUCGAUGGAAUACAACCCGGAGAGGCCAGGCUUGAAGCCAAUGACCUUUGACGACCGAUACCGUGCAGAGAGGGAGCGCCGGGAAGAGAUCGAGUUCAGAGAAAGAGAGCGAAGAGAGCGUGCAUAUUCUGGAGGCGACGGUGGACGUGGGCACCCGGCUCACCAGGGUGAGUAUCGGCCGCAGGAGGCACAGAGGGGUCAGCCUCCUCCGUUCACACGGCCGCCGGAGCAGCGUGAACAAGGACCGUGGCCACUGCGACAGCAGCAACAGCAGCAGCCGCCUUUCGACCAGUCCAGAGUACCUUACGAUCCCGCUGGACUGCACCCUCGACACCAUCAUGAGUACCCUCCCGCCUCUGCGCCCAAUUACCCUGGCCAGAGUCAUCCCGCGCCGGCUCCUCAGUUCCAGCAACAGCCUCCCCCCAACGACCGAUACCCUCCCGGCCCCCCGAAUCACCCACAGCAGCCUCCUCCAGGCCAGCCCGGGCAACAACAGCAGCAACAGCAGCAACCAUUCGAUUCCCCCGAGAGGCAGCGGGUCAACCAUCUUCACCCUCAAGCGCAACCACCUCCCGCGCAUCGACGACCCGCUGAGGAAGGCCCUCCUCCUCCUUCGGUUGCUUACAACACCCCGCACGGUCCUCCGAUGUACGAUUCACCUCGUAAUCGACCUGUAGAGGAGCAUCCCAACCAAAGAAACCUGCUGGCGGUUCAGGAAAUCAACCGCAAGGGACGCGUCUCGCCGUUGCCACAGGCUGUUCAGGGAGCGCAACCACAAUUGCCGGGGCCGGCGGGAGAGCCGGGUAUCAAGAGCGAAUUCGGCAGGAUGUUUUCAGGAAUCGGAAGCGGCGUUACUGGCCUCGGUGUCGGCAGCCCCGUCACUGCCGGAGCUCAAUUGCCGUACACGAAUGCAAGCCUCGCUCGACGCGAUGAAACGGACAGCGCCGCGCACGAGUCUGGCCCCGACACCGUGGCACCGAAGCCCAAGGGCAGAAGAAGAAAGCUCAAGGAGGAGGACACGAAAGGAGACGAGGAGAGCACGGGACGGCUGACGCCUAGUGGUAGUCGAGCAAAGCGCCCCAAGACUCAUGGACAUCACCAUCACCAGUACGUCCCGGUUCCCUCAGGUCUGUCUACAACGACUAACGACAACAGCCACCACCAUCAUCACCACCAUCAUGGCGUCGAGCACGCCAACGCUCCUACCCCCGCUCCGAUUGGCGUUGCGCCGUUCAAGAACGUCAAGGGCAGCACACCCAUCCCCUCACCGACUACCGGACCCGUGAAAGACCUGCCGGCCGCUCAUCACCACCACGUCCCUCGCCCGGCGCAUUCGCACACUCACGUGAAGGAAGCGCCCGUCAAGCAGGCUGUGCAGAGCCCAACCAGCAUACUCCCUCCCAAGCCCAAGACGAUUGUGACCUCAAAGGCCGUCCUCGAAGCGGUCGCGCACCGGCCUCGGACCCACCUAGGAGACGUGCUCUACGAGCCGAAGCUGAAGCCAGCACGUCAAAUACCCAACGUUCCAUCCGGCCGGGGUUUCUCCUCGACCCCGACACCGCUUCCGUGGAACCUAAUCAAGGACAAGGAGAACUGCACACUCACCAUCAAGGUACCGAAAGUCCACCUCACCCCGCUAGCCAGAGAAGAGAUCACGGCACGACGGGCUUUGUGGGGUACGGACGUCUACACGGACGAUUCAGACGUCAUCGCCGCCUGCAUUCACGGAGGAUGGAUUCGGGGAGAGUGGGGCGACGAUGUGGAUGUCUCGCCUCUCCGCCCCGAGAAGGAAGUUCCUGCGAGCAAGAGACGCAAGGAAAAGGAAAAGGAUGAAAAGGCGAGACUCGAGGCGAACUCGGCCACGUACUUAGACAAGCCGCCCAUGACGGGUCCCGUCAAUGUGCCUGCCGAUCGCGACAUGCACGUCAGCAUUGUGAUUCUCCCGCGGUUGGAGAAGUAUAGCAGCACCACUCGCUUCGGCAUCCAGUCGCGCGAGUACGGCGGACGAUACAACGGCCGCCAAUCGAUUCACGACGGCAUCAGCUUCAUGGUUACCAGCAUCCGUUGGGUCACAAACGGCGCUGGUACGCAGAGCCGUCUCCGCGGCAAGGGUCGCCGAGAGCGCAUGCGCAAGGCGAUGGGCGAGAUGAACGCGGCCAGCCGCGGCCUUAAUGGGGCCGCGCUGGAGCGCGAGAAGCAGCGCCUCGACAAGAUCAGAGGCGAGAUUGUUUCGGGCACCUGGUGGAAGAAGGAGAAAGGCCGGGAGAACGGCGCGACCGACAAGGAAGAGAGAUCGACAAGCGAGGGCGACAAGGAGAACAGACCCGACGAGCUUCGCAAUGCGGCUCCUGCCGUUAACGGCGCCACCACGAAUGGCGUCUCGGCGCGCAAGGGAGACGAAAUGGACGUGGAUGAGAACGGGACAGCCUCAGAGGCCCCAAAAGCAUGA